CUAAAAGGUCAUGUGACGACACAACACCCCCCGAAUAGACGCUACCUUAGGCAGAGAAGCGUAACCAUCUCUCCCCGGAAGCACUGCAAUUUUAGUGUCUAUAAGGACCCUGAAGUCAGCCAACAAUCACGUCAGCCAGCAGCCGAUUUGCUAGUGGUGUGGAGGAGAGAGGGACAAUAAUGGAGGGUGCGGGAUUGACACGUCAGUCGAGCCGAGAACGUGCCCAGACGCCAAAGGCAAUUAUCAUCAUCUAGAAUUUCGAGAGAGCAGUCUUCACUCGCGCAGAAACUCUAGAUUCAAGUCCUGCGAAUGCUUUUUGUGAUACUAGCUUGCGGUACAUCAUGGUGGACCCCUUCACUGCCAUCAGUAUCACGAACGGCCUCCUGGCUCUAUGCGAUAGGGCCAUCCAGUGCGGCAAGAUCGUCAAGAAACUCCAUGACUUGGGAGCGACAGACGAACACAAAGAGCUAGAGGAGACUGCUGACAAGAUGGAAAUUGUCGUCAAAGAGCUCAAUUCGGCACAGAUAAUGGCCAAGCAUCAAAUGUCCAAGACAGAUUUAGAGGUGGCAACGGUGAUUGGCAAAAUGAAGACAACAUGUGUCAAUCUUCGUGAGGUGCUUAGGGAGUGCAAGGCCCAAAAAGGCUCAUUGCGAUCCGCAAUUUCUGCUACUCUCCGCACAAUGCUGAAGAGCUCUGAUAUCACGAAGUUCCAGAAGGAAUUGGAAGGCUACCGAACGAAAUUAGAGACUCUUCUACUAGCCACCAUUAGCGAGAGAGUUAUAGACAUGGUCGAUAGGCUCGAAGACCUUAAAACGCAGAUGAGCCACGAGGUUUAUUCCAUCAAAAGAAACCUGGAAAGAAACCUGGAGGAACUCGACGAUAGUAUCAAAAAUGCUGGAGGCGAUUUGGGACAGAAGAUUGAGUCCUUAAAAGCCGCAUUCCAGGAAGCUCAAGAUGUGAUCCGAAGAAAGCUGAUCCUCGAAGCGCUCUGGUUCCCUGGUAUCGAUACCCGAUUUCGAACCAUCGGCAACGCAGAGCCGAACACCUUUGGCUGGAUUUAUAAAAAUCCGGACAAACUCCGCGAAAUGCAGCGUGAUCUCGACUUGACCUUCACUGAAUGGCUUGAGAGAGGCUCGGGCAUCUUUCACAUCGCAGGGAAAGCAGGGUCGGGUAAAUCCACUUUGAUGAAGUAUCUCUGCGAUGGCGAUGAGGACCGUGAGGCUGAAAUGCUAUUGCAUGGAUGGGCAGCCUCACGCAGCAAGACUCCAAUUUUCUGUAAAUUCUUCUUCUAUAGGGUCACGUCGGUCGAGCAACAGAAGACCUGGAAAGGCCUCAUCCACAGUCUGUUGCACAGUGUCUUGCAACAGGUCCCAACUCUGGCUCCACGUUUAUUCCCUAGGCAGUGGGAACAACGGAGAGACAUGGUUCAAGACAUAUCACACCUAGAGCUUGGAGACCGAGAGAUAAACAAAGCGUUCGAGAUACUUUUAACCGACCGUGGGAUACUUGGAGAGUAUUGUAUCUGCUUCUUCAUCGAUGGCCUCGACGAGUUUGAGCAGAGGAACCAAACUCACUACCGCCUCGCGUGCGACCUACAGAAAUGGGCGAAUGAUUCAAAAGGGGACGUGAAGAUGUGCGUUUCGAGUCGCCCUCUGCCAGAGUUCCUGAAUGUCUUUCCGACAUCUCAAAGAAUUAUGCUCCAGAAUCUCACGAAAGAUGAUAUCGAGACUCUUGUCAUCAACAAAUUGGUCAACAACCCGUACUUUACAAGAAUGAUGCAAGGGUCAAAGGAGAUGAGAGAACGAUGUAUUGCUCUCAGAGACAAGGUUUUCGCUGAGGCAAAUGGCAUCUUUCUGUGGGUAGGAAUGAUCCUAAACCAGAUCGAGAUCGCCCUCGCGGAAGGUGAUUCCGUGGAUGUGAUGGAUGUGAUGGAGAGGAUUGUCAGAGAGUCGUCCGACAAGGACCUGGAUAGCUUCUUCAAGACGAUUGUCGAGUCAGUCCCAGCUCAUCAUCGAACGGGCUCGUACUAUCUUCUCGCAGGAGCCAUGAGGAUGUCCGGACUUCUGAUAUCAGCUUCCAAGACCAAAGUCGAACUGAGGAUCUUAGAAGAUAUCCUUCUGCCUGUGAGUAAGGAACAAUUCCUAACCCUAGAACACUCUGAGCUUGUGUUCGAUCUAGCGGACAAGAACAAACACUUGGCCUUUGACUCCGACGUCCUCACAAACGCCCCUCAUCGACUGCGGAGAUCUCGAGCCGUACGGGAAAACAGACUAUCGAUUCGAUGCAGAGGCCUCGUCGAGGUUGACGACAACGGCCUCAUUCGCUUCACCCAUCGAGCUAUACCGGAGUCGCUACAACACUACCUCUCAAAACACGCGGCAGAGGUGGGGCUCAGUGACGGCCGAGUUGCGGAGAUGCUCACCUGGCUUGUCCUGGCAGAUUCGAGCAGCCCACCUGAACGCAGGAUCAUCACAACUCCUUACUUGCUCCACCGCCUUAGAGAGUGUGACCUCAUCGGUCACGAGAAAAUCUUCCACCUCCUUCGCCGAAUCGAUGUCGAGCUGGGACUGGCACAGUUGGACCCCCAGUGGACAACCGAGAUCCUGCACCACUUCCAGACGAAUCUUCACCCGACUGGGCGAAUCGUGGAUGUCUUCCGCCAGUGCCAGAUAUUGGGUAUCCACGAAUACCUCGACUGGGCGCUUAACAACUAUCUCAACCUGCCAAAGGACAAAAGUCGGAUUCACACAAUCUUGACCGACCUCCUCUUUACCGUCGGAGCGAAGAAAUCAUACGUUCGAUCUCGCUCCGCUGAGUUCUUGGCAAGCAAACUGGUUGACAUCGGCCUGACAUUCGAGACGGCGGGUCUUUCAACAGACGGGACGAGCAAGCAGUACAACGUUGGCUGCCCUGCAUGGAUAUGGUACCAAUUCUUGGCCAGAGAAGUAUUCUUCCAAGCAACGAGUCAUGCAUGGCGUCAAUAUCCAGGCUAUAACGAUUAUGAGAAGCAUUUCAAUUGGAAGGGCAUAGAGAUCAUGCUCAAGCUUGGAGCUGACCCUCAAGUAUGGCUGGCUGAGGCCGGAGAAUGGGAGAAGGGGGUGCUGACAGGAGCUGACGGAGAAGUGCUCUAUAGCAUAUCCCCCAAUGAUUUUUUCUUUUAUUAUGAACCAGAGUUCGUCCGACUACGAUAUGGAAAGUCACGAAUCUCCCUUGUUGAUUUCAUCAAGACGCACCAUCCUCCAAAUUGCAAAGAAUUGUUGGGGCUAAUCAGAGAUAAUCUGAAGGAUAGGGAUCAUGUUACACGAGGCUCGGAAGAUUCUUGAUAUCUGUCAAGUGAGGAACGCUGUCUAUCCGAACCCGUAUGAGCAAGACUUCCCUGGAAAGACGAAUUGCUAGAAUCUAUAUAGAAAAUAGCAGGGAAUUCAGGCCACUUAUCCUCAG